AUGGGAACUGGAUGGGAAUUAACUAAAGCGUUGCGAGAGCAGAUCGUUAAGUAUGCUGGGUACCAGCAGACAUCCAUCUCGUUGAGACAGAUGGUGCAAUUUGGGCCUACUCCGUCGCCAGGAUCAGUUUUUUUGGCGUCACAGUUCAUUGUGGAAGAAUUGCCUAUCAGACUAGCGAUAAAAGUGAAGAACUUGGAAAAUGCACCCCAUGGAUUGAAUAAGAUGCCGUCGACAAUGAAGGUGAGAGAUUGGUACGCCCAGUCGUUUCAAGAAUUGACCGAAUUGGCCAAACCAGAGAUAUCAAGUGAGUUGGCCGAGAUGUUGAAUAGCCAUCAGACAGACAAGAAACAGCACCGGAUAGACGAGGCCACGUCGAUGUCUCCCAUUUUGCAAGAGGACAUGAAGACUGUAGCGGAAACGCAUAAUCCUGCGAACAGCGAAUCGAAGAAUGUUGCUAUCAACAAUAUUUUCAGCGACGAUGGCAUUGUGGUCCGUACAUCGUCAGCCCAUUCACAUAUGUCGUCACCAGAUCGUAGCACGAACUCAAAGGGCAGAAGCGAGUCACCUACUUUUGGUAAAACGUACUAUACAUCGUGCCCUACUAACGUGGUUUGGCCCAAGGAAGUGUACGAUUAUAACAAACUAGUAAGCGAUGCGUUAACCAAGAUCAAAAAGAGACAUGAUGCGACGGUGGCCACUAUGGCACAGGGGGUACAAGAGUGGAAGAACGAACACAAGACGGUAAUUGUUAAUUCUCAGAUCCAGACGUUUUUAGACCGGUUCUAUAUGUCUAGAAUUGGGAUUAGAAUGUUAAUUGGACAGCACAUUGCAUUGAACUCAUCCCAGACAUCUCCUACAAAAGCGAAAAUCAACUCGUUUUUGAACGGCCAGAAUGGCGGUGGUUCCAGUAAGAGAUCCAACUACGUUGGGGUUAUUUGUACCGAUUGUAAUGUGGGAGAGAUUGCCGAAGAUGCCAUCGAAACAGCCAAAUAUAUCUGUGAAGAAUACUACGGGUUAUUCGAAGCACCAGAAAUUCAAUUGAUUGCUCCUAAAAAUGAUAUCAGCUUUAUGUACGUCCCGGGUCAUUUGAUUCACAUGUUAUUCGAAACCUUGAAAAACUCAUUGAGAGCAACCAUCGAAUUCCACACGCCCAGAUUAAAAGAAAAAAUGUGCCAGAAGGACCCUGAAUUGCUGCUUGAAGACAUAGACAUAAACGAUUUGAAGUUUCCUCCUAUAAAGGUGAUUAUCUCUGAAGGUUACGAAGAUAUCGCUAUCAAGAUCAGUGAUGAAGGUGGUGGUAUCCCAAGAAGUGAAGUUCCAUUGAUUUGGACAUAUUUAUACACUACUGUCAGCCAGACACCUACAUUAGAACCAGAAUACAGCCAAAGUUCAUUCAAAGCCCCAAUGGCUGGGUUCGGUUAUGGUUUACCAAUUUCAAGAUUGUAUUCGCAAUACUUUGGCGGAGACUUGAAAUUAAUCUCCAUGGAAGGUUAUGGUACUGACGUUUACUUACAUUUGAAUAGAUUGAGUAGUUCUUCUGAACCUUUACCAUAG